AUGUUUAGGUUGAUCACAGGAAUAGCAGGCCCCAGUGGGUUUGGAUCGGCAUCAACUGCUGAACAAGUCACUCAGGGGAUUGAUGCCACAAAUCUCACUGUUCUUAUCACAGGUGGUGCAAGCGGGAUAGGUUUUGAGACAGCAAGAGUCUUAGCCUUGAGGAAUGCACAUGUUAUUAUUGCAGCAAGAAACGUGGAGGCUGCAAAUGAAGCAAAACAACUCAUUCUGAAGGAUAACAAAGCUGCUCGACUCGAUGCUCUGAAACUCGACCUCGCUUCCCUCAAAUCCGUCAAGGCCUUUGCCAAUAACUUCAUUGCUCUUAACCUUCCUCUCAACAUCUUAAUAAACAAUGCUGGUGUCAUGUUCUGUCCAUAUCAGCUUUCUGAAGAUGGAAUAGAGAUGCAAUUUGCAACAAAUCAUCUUGGUCACUUCUACUUGACUAACCUUCUCCUCAACAUAAUGAAAGAGACAGCAAAGUCUACUGGCAUUGAGGGAAGGAUUAUAAAUAUGACAUCAGUAGCACAUCUACACACUUAUGAUGAAGGGAUUAAAUUUGAUAAGAUCAAUGAAGAAACCAGUUAUUCAGACAGGAAAGCGUACGGACAAUCCAAAUUAGCUAACAUAUUACAUGCCAAUGAGCUCUCACGACGUUUGCAGGCUGAGGGAGCAAAUAUUACUGUUAAUUCAGUGCAUCCAGGGUUGAUAACAACAAAUCUCUAUAGACAUUCUUCACUCUUCAUAAAAAUUUUGAAGUUCUUGACAUAUAUCCUAUGGAAAAACGUCCAUCAGGGGGCAGCCACAACUUGCUAUGUUGCACUUCACCCGGCAUUGAAAGGUGUAUCGGGGAAGUAUUUCCUCGACUGCAACGAAUAUGAAUCGGGCACGUUUGCGAGAGACGAAAUUUUAGCCAAGAGGCUCUGGGAUUUCACAAACAAGUUGGUUGAUGCAGCCCAAAACAUAUAA